CUGGUCACUAAAGUGGUGGCUGUUGAUGUGGACUCUGGACAGAAUGCCUGGCUCUCCUAUAAACUGCAGAAAGCCACAGACAGGGCGCUGUUUGAAGUGGGCUUACAGAAUGGAGAAAUAAGAACUAUCCGCCAAGUGACUGAUAAAGAUGCUGUGAAACAAAGACUGACUGUUAUAGUGGAGGACAACGGGCAGCCCUCUCGUUCAGCUACAGUCAUUGUUAACGUGGCGGUGGCGGACAGCUUCCCUGAAGUGCUGUCGGAGUUCACUGACUUUACACACGACAAGGAGUACAAUGACAACCUGACUUUUUACUUAGUGCUGGCUUUGGCUGUAGUUUCCUUCCUCUUCAUCACGUGUUUAGUGGUUAUUAUAUCAGUGAAAAUCUACAGAUGGAGACGCGAGCGCCUGUUUUACAAAUCCAGUGGGAAUCUUCCUGUUAUUCCGUAUUACCCGCCCCUUUACGCAGACGUAGGAGGUACCGGUACGUUGAAACAGGCGUUCAGUUACGAGGUGUACGGAACUACUGACUCCAGGAAGAGCGAUAUAAAGUGCUCCCGACCCUUCAGUCAGAGUACUCUGAGUGUUGACCAUAAUGCUACCAGGACAGUGUCAAGGCAUAAAACAGAGUCAGAGAACAUGUUCACAGAGGUGAGAUCAGCUGCAUCAUUAAAAUGUUGUUUUUUUUCUUGUUGAUGUUUUUUUGUAAUCAGUACUUCAGUUCAGUAUAUCCACUGCUCAUCCAUUAUUUGGAUGGUAGUGGUAAUAUCUACUAUAAGUAUUCAAUGAAAUGUCUACUUCAGACAUCAGAUUCUUAUUGUGGUAAAAGUAGUCAACAAGUAUUUCGUCUCUUUAUCUUGUGCGGGUUUGG